UCCCCUUCGUGCUCGCGCGCGGGGCUCUCGGAACUACAACUCCCGGCCUGCCCCGCGCCGAGGGGCGGCCAAGAUGGCGGCGAGGUUCACCAACUUCCUGAAGGAGUCGUGGGCCAAGGAGCCGGUCCUUACCGUGUCGGCUGUCAUCGGCAGCCUGGCGCUGGUGCUGCCGUACCUCAGCCCCUUGACCAAGUACUCGGGGCUGAUCCACGACGCGACCCCCUACAACUACCCCGUGCCCGUCCGCGACGACGGCAACAUGCCCGACGUGCCCAGCCACCCCUGCGACCCCCAGGGCCCCAGCCUGGACUGGCUGAAGAACAUGUGAGACGCCAAAGCCCCCACCCCUCCCCUCCUUCGCCGGACCUCGCGGCCCCCCGAGAAAUAAAAAGACCACCUUCCCCCUCUCCCCAAUCCGGA